UUAACCACUAGGCUACCAUGCUGGGCCCAUCUAUAGGUUAACAUAUUACAGUAAAUACUGAUAGGAAAGUACAUGUUAGCAGGUUAAAGCCAAAGGGCAUUACGUUUGACAUGCCAAGUGUAGGGAGAAACAUGACUAAGGAGUGCAGCUUGAUGCUUGUAAUGAGUAACCAUUCUUUUUUUCUUCCUCCUUGAGGGGUUGGAAAGAAUCAAUAGGGGUGAGUUUUAAGGUGAGGGAGACAUGCAUUGUGGAAAAAUUUGAAUGUUUUUCUUGUAACUUAGGAGGAAAUAGUGUUCUUUUUAUUUUUAGAACCACACUAUUUGGCACAUUGUUUAAGCUCCUGGAAUUUUCACCACCUAAUACCUCUUUCAUUUCUGUUUCUGUCAUCAAAGUCAUGGACUGUGUUGCCUGUCUGAAGGUCUAGGAAACGUAAGAUAGUCACUAGCUUCUGUCAUUGUAACCAGGGAAACUCAGGGUUUUUAAUUUGCUUCUGAUAUGGUGGGUAAAUAUGAUCGUGGUACUUCGAAUUAGAAGUUAGAAAUGUUUAAAAUAACUUGAAGACUAGACUUAAGUAUUAUGUAUGUAAAAUCAGGAAGCGUUGCUCCAGACAAAUACUACCAAGUAAAUUUGUAAUAUUGUAAAAGUGAUCAAAUAAAUUACUCUGAGACAAUAGGAUCCAAAUAGCAUAGCAUCUGCUUGGUUUGGCAUAGUUGCCUGUAAAAUGUAAAUUUCUGGUUAUUUUAAAAAUAAAUUUACUAUGUUGCAAUUAUUUUCUGGCUUUCCUUCUUUUGAGCUACUUUCGAAUAACACACCUCUUCUUGGUUAACUAUUCUUGUCCUUGCUGGGUUGUUCUUCACUCAAGGUUAAAUUCGAGAAAAUUGUGUGGUGUGUUACAUAGCAUGUGUCCAUCACUUCUACAAGUUGCAGGGACCAUGCUAGUCAGUACUUUAUUGGCUUCUUUUGUUUUCUGCUAUGGAUUAAUCUUUCAAAGCCCCCCAUACUAACUGUAAGGCUGAUCAUCACCUUCUUGUGUAGAAUCCCUGCAUCCUGAAGGAAUAAUGCACACUUGCUACAGUAUAGUUAUGUGGUAGACGGAUUCUAAUUUUGUAUAUCUCCUCCAGACUUUGUACCCUGACCUCAUCUGUCCCUUGCCUUAGCUAUUAGGUUGGUAUGUAUUGCUUUAAAAACCUGCCAGAACUAGCCCAGUUUGAAACACCUUGCCCAAUCUCCUUUGAUAUUUGCAAAAUGUAAUUCUAGACCAAAUGUACUAUGAGAAGCUUUAUUGCAGUUUGCACCUGUGUGGGUUUUUUGUGGAAGAAAUGUUGAGAAUUUGAAUCUAUUAUAAUGUCAGCCUUGGAGUUUAAUCUGAUCUCAUCCAACCCUGCAGAAUCUUAAAUUUGAAUCUGAACCCACUGUUUGCCCCCCAGUGCCCAGCACAGACUGGGCUCUCUGGAAAUGUUUCUUGAGUUGACUUUCCUUGCAUUGAUUCAGGAGCUUAUCCCACUGUGAAAAACAUUCAGUUAGCUUGGACUGAAAAUGCCCUAACUUUGCCAAGUUGCAAUGAUAUAUGUAAGUUACACUGACAUUUCAAAGUUAGGAAAUAUAAGAUAGUACUCUCCUUACAACACAGUCUGAAUAUAGAGAUAUUUGUGUACAUUCAUGUUAAAAAAAAAAAAGUAGUUUGUACCUGAGUUUGGGACCAAACUUCUGGAUUUGCCUGAAACUUGUUAAGAAUUUACAAGUUCUAUUUAUAGUUAUCUGGGCCAGAAACCAGAAUCACUUGUGUUUAAAUACUGUUGCUAUUCUGUGCACAGCUCAAGGCUCUGAUAUUUUCUGUUACACAUUCUUCUUCUCUCUUUCCACCAAAAAAAGGAAUUGUGCAGAAUGAGUUGAUUUCUAUUGGCAUGAACUCUAUAAAACUCAACAAUGCAAAAGAAAUAUGUAUUUAUAUGAUAAAAGAUAAAAGAAUAUAGUUAUUUCAUAAGCUUACAGAUUCCAUACAGAAAAUCUAGAGAACAAAAGAUUUUUAAAAAUGGAUUAUUUUUCAAAGUAUCCAGAAUUGUUUAGGAUUUUCUCUAAUUGAUUCCACAGUUAUAUGAUAUAUACUGAGUAAACUGGGCUUGUUGUUGUUGUUGUUGUAAUACUGGUAAACCAAGUCUUAGAAUUACCCUAAGGCCCCAAGUUUCAGUGAAACAUCAGUUCAGGACAUUCUUCAAAUAGCCAGUGUAGAAUUAUUCCAGGAUACACUUCAUCUCUGAGCCACCUUUAUCUUGCUGUUGACAUGAGUAUUUAUUUACUCUUACUCAAGAAAUUUUACUGCAUGAGAAAAUUGUCAAGUAAGAAAGUCAGUACAUAAGGAAGCUAAUUUGUAAAAUAGCAUAAAAUUAUUUGCUAAAGAAGUGUUAUUUAUUUAUUAAUGGUUUUUCCAUGUAAAAAAUGAAAGUCUAGUGAGAAACUAGAGUUUAGUGAACAUUUAUUCAAUAUACUAAUAAAAAUGCCAACUCUGAGGAAGUGAUUAGUGUCUGAUUUGUAUGUUGCUAUUCUCCAUUUCUUUUAGGUGUGGAAAUUAACACAAAUAUUUUGACUGAGGCUUUAAUCAAGCAAAUGUUAAAAAGCUGCAUAAAGAAGACUCCUAACAGUCAUUUCUCAGCAAUUAUAUAGUCAACUGAUGUAACAAUGGUCCUAAUAUUGGGACGCAGACUAAACAGAGAGGAUCUUGGGAUGCGUGAUUCCCCAGCAACAAAGCGUAAAGUUUUUGAAAUGGACCCUAAAUCUCUGACAGGUCAUGAGUUUUUUGACUUCUCUUCAGGAUCAUCCCAUGCAGAAAAUAUACUGCAAAUAUUUAAUGAAUUCCGAGACAGCCGCUUAUUCACAGAUGUUAUCAUUUGUGUGGAAGGGAGAGAAUUUCCAUGCCAUCGAGCUGUUCUGUCCGCCUGUAGUAGCUACUUCCGAGCUAUGUUUUGUAAUGACCACAGAGAAAGCCGAGAAAUGUUGGUUGAAAUCAAUGGGAUUUUAGCUGAAGCAAUGGAAUGUUUUUUGCAGUAUGUUUAUACUGGAAAGGUGAAGAUCACCACAGAAAAUGUGCAGUAUCUCUUUGAAACAUCAAGCCUCUUUCAGAUCAGUGUUCUCCGGGAUGCAUGUGCCAAAUUCUUGGAGGAGCAACUUGAUCCUUGUAAUUGCUUAGGAAUCCAGCGCUUUGCUGAUACCCACUCUCUCAAGACACUCUUCACAAAAUGCAAAACGUUUGCGUUACAGACUUUUGAGGAUGUGUCUCAACACGAAGAAUUCCUUGAACUUGACAAAGAUGAACUUAUUGAUUACAUUUGUAGUGAUGAACUCGUUAUUGGUAAAGAAGAGAUGGUGUUUGAAGCCGUCAUGCGUUGGGUCUAUCGUGCUGUUGAUCUGAGAAGACCACUGCUGCAUGAGCUACUGACACACGUGAGACUUCCUCUGUUGCAUCCCAACUAUUUUGUUCAAACAGUUGAGGUGGACCAAUUGAUCCAGAAUUCUCCAGAGUGUUAUCAGUUAUUGCAUGAAGCAAGACGGUACCACAUACUUGGGAAUGAAAUGAUGUCCCCAAGGACUAGACCACGCAGGUCCACAGGCUAUUCGGAGGUUAUAGUUGUUGUUGGAGGCUGUGAACGAGUUGGAGGAUUUAAUCUUCCGUACACUGAGUGCUAUGAUCCUGUAACGGGAGAAUGGAAGUCUUUGGCUAAGCUUCCAGAAUUUACCAAAUCAGAGUAUGCGGUCUGUGCUCUAAGGAAUGACAUUCUCGUUUCAGGUGGAAGGAUCAAUAGCCGUGAUGUCUGGAUUUAUAACUCACAGCUGAAUAUUUGGAUCAGAGUUGCUUCUCUAAAUAAAGGCAGAUGGCGUCACAAAAUGGCUGUGCUGCUUGGUAAAGUAUAUGUUGUUGGAGGCUAUGAUGGGCAAAAUAGAUUGAGCAGCGUAGAAUGUUACGAUUCCUUUUCAAAUCGAUGGACGGAAGUUGCUCCCCUUAAAGAAGCAGUGAGUUCUCCUGCAGUGACUAGCUGUGUAGGAAAAUUAUUUGUAAUUGGUGGAGGACCAGAUGAUAAUACUUGUUCUGAUAAGGUUCAAUCUUAUGAUCCAGAAACCAAUUCUUGGCUACUUCGUGCAGCUAUCCCAAUUGCCAAGAGAUGUAUAACAGCUGUAUCCUUAAACAACCUGAUAUAUGUUGCUGGUGGACUGACCAAGGCAAUAUACUGUUAUGAUCCAGUUGAAGAUUACUGGAUGCAUGUACAGAACACAUUCAGUCGGCAGGAAAACUGUGGUAUGUCUGUGUGUAAUGGUAAAAUAUAUAUCCUGGGUGGAAGACGAGAAAAUGGAGAAGCCACAGACACCAUUCUCUGUUAUGAUCCUGCCACAAGUAUCAUCACAGGAGUGGCUGCAAUGCCCAGGCCGGUGUCCUAUCACGGCUGUGUGACUAUUCAUAGAUACAAUGAGAAAUGCUUUAAGCUCUAAGAUCACGAGAUCUCCUCUCGCAAGAAGCCACGCUGAUCCAAGACGAGAGGUCUUAAAAGCUCCCAUUGGAAACUUGACAGAUCUCCGUUAUGCCACAUGCAAAAAAAAAAAAAAGAAAAAUAGUAAAAGUAACCAUCAUGGUGCCUUUCUGCCCAGCAUGUCAAUCUUUAAAACUGUAAUAAAGUCAUUUGUGUAAUAACAGCAAAAACAAAACGAAAAAUAUGUGUAAAGGUUAAUGGUGAUUGUUGCUUGGCCUUUGAGAGCAGUCCCUUUGUGAGUAUUUUAAGCUUCUGUAAGAAGCCUAUGUGGACUAGAAUGUGAUGUAUGCAUGCCUUAUAGGAAUUUGUGAAUGGCCUCGUCAUUGAAAAUAUGUUUAUCUGCGAAACUGUAUAUUCCUUAUUUUGUAAUUUAUGUAGAGAAGAUUGCAUGACUUAGGCUUCCUAAGGUUAAAUCACCUAAUGCUUAGAAUACAUUCUAAGAAGGAAAAUCAGUUACAAAAAUCAUUGUCAGUGAUGCAAUUUAUCCAGAUUGAUUAAAUAUUUUGUAAUUAUUGUUAAUGGCAGCAAUUUGAGUAUUAUACUGAAUUAUUGUGACUUCAUUCUUAGAAUUGCUGUCUUACACACAAAUUAAGCAUAUUUUGGAGAAAGGGGAGGAGUGUUCACAGGAUUAAAAUUGCAGGUUAGUUGCCAAGAAAAAAAAAUAAAAUAACCAUUAAAGGCUCUUUGACUCUUAAAAUCUUUCUCCAUUAUCUGUAACUGUUCUGAGGAGGCCUCUUCCCUUGCAUCUAUCAAAGGAAGGAGUUGAAAAAUAGUUUGCAAUAUUGGGAAAAGCAGGGAUAGGUUUUCUCAAUCCAGCCCAGAACAGUGUGAUGUCUAUAGAUGGCAUGAUGCUCUGGGUGAGAACCUCCUCGACUAUGCUACUUGCUCAUGAAGAAAUAAAAAUCCUGAGUUCCUACCGUCAAGGUGCCUUCAGUAGGAUAAAGCAGGGACCACUUGUCUCAGUGGGUCCAUUUUUCUUUUUUAAACUAGCUAUCCUAAAAAACUAGCAAAAGCAAUUUUCAUUUUUUUAAGUACUUCAAUUGGUACUCAUUGUAUAAAAUACGAAUUAACAUUUUCAAGCUUCCGUACAACAAGCUGCUUUUGUAGAUUUCUCAAGUUGAGUUUUUAAAGUUUACCAGCUUUCAGGGAAGAAUGUAAAUUUUUUUCUAAAGCAAAUAAAUGGAUAUAGCAGGUACCACAAUAAUCAUUGUGAUUCUGGGGUGAACAAAUACAAUUUAUAACAUUUUAGGAAUGUUCUACCAGCUUUCUGUAUUUUGACUUCCCAAUCACUGUUUUCUGUCACACCAUAAUUUUAUCCUCCUUGUCACAGGAGAAGUGAUGCAAAUGUGUGAUUAUAGUGUCCCCGUAUUUCUGCUGAAACCAAAAUGGAAAUCAGAAUCCUGACGUUGAUAAACCGCGUUUCCCCUCAUCUUAGAAUGAUACAGAAAUCUCAAAUACAUUUGAAACUUUAAUGCUAUAUAUAACCUUACCUAGAGUCUAAUUCUAAAGGAAACUUUUUUAAAAAAGAUAUUUCUACUGAAUUUUUUAUCUCAAAUUAUAAAUUUGAAAAUGACAUAUCGCUUUCUGUAAUAAGUACCAGAGCAAUUGCGGAAAUAAUUUUCUGUCAUUUUAGUUGAAAUACAAUUGUAGAUAUAAUUGGUAUACCUGUACUGUAGUUUUACAAUAAACAUCUACUUCUGCAUUAUACUUCUGUAGAUAAUGGAAUUUGUUUAAAAACUCUUGAAGUAAGUGAGAGUGUGAAACAAGGUGUUUUGUAAAUGCUGAGGAUUAUAUAAAUGAUAGUUGUUCUUUUUCAUGUGUAUUUGUAGUAUCAUACCCAUCAUAAACACAGAAACUUCACAAAAAAGACUCUCACAAUUACUUUGUAUCUGGUAUUUUUGUCUAUUGUAAAUAUAUUAACUGUUUACUUGUAUUUUAUGUGUUUAUCUUUACUAGCCAUGUAUUGAUUGUUAUAAAUUUAAAUGAAACCCUAAAAAAAUCAGAAUUUGUUUAAACAUAGACCUCUUAGCAAUGUUAAUUUUUUUUCUACAUAAAAUUAAGUAUUUGCAGUUUUUAAUGAACUUAGCUUGAAUCUUAGAAAAUUUAAGUAACUAUUUUUAAAGUCACCCAACUGAAAUUUUAAUUUCCUUUCGUUGUUUCUCUCCCCUUUUUUUUAGCUACUUUUUGAUAAACAGUGGUGUCAACAUGAAUAUAAAUAAGUGAAUUUUAGGAUAUAGUUGGUGUAUCAGAAAAAAAUAACCCAAUUAGUAUCAGAUUAUAUUCAUUCUAUCAUCACAUAAUUGAUAGAUCUUUUGAUAGGUGACAUUCAAUGAGCCUUUGGAUUAUUAUGUACGCACAUCUGUAUAUAUGAAGAUAGAGGGUAUAGUCAUGUACACACAUAUAUAUAAACACCAACAAUUUUAGCAGGUUUUUUUUUUUCAGAAAAAAAAUCACAAAGUAAAAGUUAACUAACCUUAUUAAAUGGAAUUCCAGAACAUUUUGUGAUGGGGACAUUUCUCAGGUGCUUUUCCACCCUUUGAAAGGAUACGGCCGGACGCCCACAUUGGCCGUGCAUCACUCUCAACUAUGUAAACAAUAUUGACAGUAAAAUUAAAAAUGUAAGAAUAAGAAAGAGAAAGGGCAUGGUGAAUAUUCAUAAUGACUGGUAUGGUUAGAAUCUAUAUAAAUACAUCCAGUGUUGCAAGAUAGGAAACUAAAUUGGAGUUAGAGAUAAAUUUGUUAAACUCAGCUGUGAUACCUCAAAAAGGAAAUACAAGAUUCUGCUUUGUGGAACAAAAGAAAAGUACUGUUAGUUUUUGCUGGGUUUUUUUCCCCUCUUUUCCUGAACUUUGAUCCUUUUCCAGGAUUUCCUCUGUAAAUGAGCUACAAGGGGUCCAGUUUUUACAACAGAAGUGCUUCCCCCUUUCCUAAUCUUCUACUGACUUUACCAGACAGGUUAGAAAUGGUAGCUUAUUGGAUCUUCAGUAAAUUUUUUCCUGGAUGACUGAAAUAAAGGUGUUUACUCCAUUUAAACCAGGUGUUAAGACACUGUAAAUACUCAGGGAGAGUAUUAACUUGUGACUUUGGCCUAUUGGAGGUGUUUAAAGUGCCAUAACUUAAGUUUCAGUUCAUGAUUCUAGAGUAAAUUUAAUUGUGUAAAGGGGCUUCAUACAUGGCAGUGGUUGAAUAUUGAUUUUUUUCUAUACUUAAAAGGAUGAAAAUGUUUUGUGGACUGAUACAUUUUCCCUUAAUGAAUAUGAAUUAAUGUAUCACUACUGCCAAAUUCCCUUUUUGAAACUCAGGAAAAACAGGUUCAAUUAUACUGUUUCUGUCAGUAUGCAAACAAGUAUGUGUGAUUUUUUUUUUCCCUGUUAAUCUGGAUAUGGCAGUUUUUUUUUUUUUUUUUUAAUUGCUGUGAGAAUCCAUACAUUGAAAGAAAGGGGUUGAAUUGUUUGUGUGUGCCUUCUGUGUCUUGAGACUUCUAUAUGGGAAAGAUGACAACUGUCCCAAACUGUAUUUUAAAGAGGGAAGAAUGCUGUUUAUGUGCUGAUAACUAAAAAAACAAUGUUUCUGGUUUUUUUGUUUUGUUUUGUUUUGUUUUUAACUAUUUGGGAAACAGCUCCCAUCUAACCUCUCACUUCUUGAAUGUGCAACGAUGACCCCAGUUUGGGGUACUCCUGGGAGCUAAAUCUAGGCCUCCCACGUGAGUGGCAGAAGCCCAGCACUUGAGCCAUCACAUCUGCUUUCCAGGGUCCCCAGUCGCAGGAAGCUGGAGUUAGAAGCCAGAAUCAGGCUUUGGACCCAGGCCCUCUGAUAUGCACAUGGGCAUCUAAACUGGCUCCUUGCCAGCUAAACCAAACGCUCACCCAAGGUAAUGUAGAUUUCCUAGGAACUCAAGAACUGGUUAAGCUCAACAUGAUUUUAGCCUUAUUAGAUUUUGACGUGUAUUGUGUUGAACCAGGUUUACAUCACCUCAUCCCAUAGUUACACACACGGAUGUGCCAUACCAGGUUACCAGAAUGGGAUAGUUGGGUUGUCCUUUAAUGCGGUAGGUUUGACUAGCUAGCUAUACUUACGAUCACAGCUAAUGCAAGGCACCAGAAACCACUUGAGCCAGGAGUGUGAGUUGUUAAUUCCAGACAUAUUUUCAGCAUAGACAUUUUAAAAUGUUUUAUAUGAAUGUUCUACAUUUGCAUGAUUGCCUUAGAUAUUAAAUUACUUAGUGCUAAAGAUGAUCAUCAUAAAUUAAUUUUUUAAAACAACCAUCAUAACUUAUUUUAUAUAUUAUUCCAAAGAAUUCCUGUUUUAAUGUUUUCAAAAUAACUGCACCAGAUGGCUUUUUUUUUUCUGUACCUUAAGUUUUCUAGUGCCAUUUCAACUUCUUUUAAUUAUUAUAUAAAGUUUACCUUAGAUAAAUUGAUACUUGUUCCAUACAGAGUAAAUAAACUUCACUUUCUUGUAUUUUUAACACCACGCAUGUGGUUAUUUGGUGGAAUUAAAGUGUUAAGGGAGGUUGUUGG